AUGGAAGACUUAUCAGAAUUGGGUUCGUCUAGUUAUAUUCAAACAUCAUUCAUGCCACAUAUAAAAAAAUGCGAAUGGGAAUGUAAAGAAAAAACAAGUACUACCAGUAUCGCAAGUCAUCUAAGAACUAAGCAUCGAAUUAUUGAUGGAGAAAUAAUCAGUCCACUUUUAAAGGAUAAUGAUCAAGCAAAAACUCAAAAAAUUACAAAUCAUUUUUUGGAUUGGCUUAUUGAUGAUAUGCAAGCUUUUAAUUUAGUAGAUAAUUUAAAGUUCCAUAAAUUCAUUUAUGAACUUAAUCCAAAUUACUCGGUUCCAUGCAAAAAUAGUUUAAAUAAAAAAAUGUGUGAAUUUGUUAGUAUUGGAAAAAAUAACUUAAUUGAAUUAAUAAAAAAUUCUAUGGAUACUUUUUUUUUUACUAUGGAUUUAUGGACACAAGAUCAUAAGUCUUAUAUUGGAAUUACUAUACACUGGAUGACUCCAAAUUUCGAAAUUAAGCAAGCAUUACUCACGAUAGAAACUUUUAAGUAUCCACAUUCGGGUGAUAAUAUUGAAGAUUGCUUACGCAAAGAAUUUCAAAAAUGGAAUAUUACACAAAAAUUAUUUGGAGGUACAACGGAUAAUGAUUCUGCUAUGGUAAAAGUUCUACAGCAAUUAAAUAUUAAUCAUGUUCAUUGUGUUGCACAUACUAUGCAAUUAGCUAUUAAAGAUGGUUUAAAAAAUGUGAAGGAUUUAAUUGAUAUGAUGAAAAAAUUAAAUAGUUUUAUUGUUGAUCGUGAUAAGUAUCGUGAUUUAUUAAAAUUAACUUUUCGCAAAGUAAAUAAAACAGAAAAUGAGGUUUUAAAUCCUGUUGCAUCAGAUACUGACACACAAAAACUUCUUCAAGAUUCUAAUCGAGCUACUCGUAUUGAUGGUGAAACAUUAAAAAAAUUAAUACCAAGCUCAGAUAAUUGGAUCGCAUUAGAUGAACUAUUAUUAUUGCUUCGACCUUUUGUGGAUGCAACAAAUCUUACUUCAGUAUGUAAUAGUAUUUUAACUUCUUUAAACAAACAUUGGGAAAUUCUAGAUGAAUUAGGAUGCAUUGCUAGUUUUUUAGAUCCUCGAUUUAAAUAUUUAAGUUUUUUGACAACAGAACAAAGAGAAAAUAUAAAAUGUAACUUAAAAAAACAAAUUGAAUCACUUGAAUCGCCUUUACAAUCAUGCCUUAACUCUUCAACAUCCGUUACUUUAACUACUACUAUUUCUUCUAAUCAUUCUAUGUUUAUUGAUUAUUUUAAUCAAAAUUUAUCAUCACAACAUAUUCCAUCUUCAGUAGAUAUAGAAAUAUCCUUAUACUUACAACUUCCUCCGCUUCUUUAUCAUUAUAUGUAG